AUGGGAAAUGCUUGUAUUAAAGAGCGUUUGGAUAGGGCCCUCUGCUCACAAACCUGGAUUGAUCGAUUCCCUGAAACCUUGAUUAAACAUUUUACGGACCAAGGCUCUGACCAUAGAACCCUCCUCCUGUCGGAUAAACCUUAUAGGCGGCAUAACCGGCCACUCUUCCGAUUUGAUGCCCGUUGGGCGGACAACCCGGAAGUAAGGGCUAUGGUUAGUUAUGUCUGGCAGGAGGACAUCCAGGGAACCCCUAUGUUCUGCCUUUGGGAGCGCCUGAAAAAACUUCGCCAUCUCCUGUACGAUUGGAGUAGAGCGGGUACGACUAACUCCUUGCGGAAUAUUCGUACCCUUCAGAGUGAAAUUGAUAGGGUUAAACUGGUUCAUCCUAUUGACUGGAAUAUGGUCCGGGGGCUGGAGGUUGAGUUGAGCCGGCAAUGGGAGGCGGAUGAACUAUACUGGCAGCAGAAGUCCAGGGUCCACUGGCUGAAAAAGGGUGAUAAAAACACGUCCUACUUACAUACUGUGACUAGGGCCCGUCGUAAGAGAAAUUUUGUGGCUGGCCUUCACAAUGACAAUGGGGAGUGGGUUACUGAUGAGAUUGGAAAAGCUGGAAUUGCUACUUUCUUCUAUCAGCACCUGUUUGCUUCAGAGAACCGAGUGGACAAUAUGGAUGAGCGGGUGGCAUCCUUGCCUAUUGACCGUUGUGUUACCCCUGAGAUGAAUGCCGGCCUCACGGCCGAGGUACUCCCUUCCGAGGUGCGAAAAACAGUAUUUGCCAUGGGAUCUAAGCAGGCUCCGGGGUCCGAUGGCUUCACUGGGAAGUUUUUUAAGGCUUUCUGGGAUAUCGUGGGUGACUCGGUGACGGUGGCAGUGUGCUCUUUCUUUGCUACUAGUCGUAUGCUUCGUAGUUUCAACCAUACGUGGCUCACGUUGAUUCCCAAGGUUGAUAAUGUGGAAACUAUGCGGCACCUGCGCCCAAUCAGCCUAUGCCAGUUCGUUUACAAAAUUAUUACUAAGAUCAUGGCGGAGCGUCUUGCCUGCCUUUUGCCUAUGAUUGUCCCAGAUGGUCAGAAUGCCUUCAUCCGAGAACGUCAAAUUGUUGAGAAUGUUCUCCUGGGGCAUGAAUUGAUGCAUUAUCUUAAGAUCAAAACGCGAGGUAAGAAAGGGUACACGGCUCUAAAGGUUGACAUGGAAAAGGCCUAUGAUAGAGUCGAAUGGCCCUUCCUCCUCGCGGUUUUGGAUAAGAUGGGCUUUAAUUCUACAUGGCAAGGGUGGAUUCGAGAGUGCCUUCGGUCCUCAUCCUUUUCUGUGCUUAUGAAUGGAACUCCUUCGGGUUUUUCACUCCUUCAAGGGGGCUUCGACAGGGGGAUCCUCUCUCUCCGCUCUUAUUUGUGCUCUGCACGGAAGGCUUUGCAGCCCUCCUUCGCAAAGCUAUCACAAAUAAGAAGUUGGAGGGGUUAA